AUUGGAUAUGUUAAAAUACUGAUUGUCAAGACACUUGAUAAUGUUAUCUUUGUACAACAAUGGCAAACAUCAGAUGUAAAUAAGAGAGAUUCAUAUCAAUGAUUUGUUUUAUGAUUGCCAAAGUCUCUUAAAAGUGGUGUUCAUUACAAACUCUAUCAGACCCCACAAAGAUGAAGUUUGACGACGCUUUGGGAUUGUUGGGAGGAUUCGGGCGAUACCAACUAUUGGUAACGGUAGUAUGGAACGUAUUUGCAUCAGGGAAUGGUUGGCAAUAUACACUUACUGUGUUUAUCGCUGGUAGAAUGGACCAUUGGUGCAAAGUACCCGAGUUGCAGCACUUGAAUGAAACCAUGCAGAAGUUGAUUGCUAUUCCUCAGACGACUGGUCCAUUGGGCGAUACGGUAUAUAAACAAUGUAGUAUGUUCAACUAUAACUACAGCGCUAUCAACUUCACCGAUUCAAAUACAAUCGAUUCAUGGAUGAGAAAUGAAACAAUUUCUGAAAUUGCUUGCAACAGUGGUUGGGUGUUUGAUAAAUCUGUACGUGAUUCAACCGCUGUGAGCCAAUAUGAACUUGUCUGUGAAAAUGACUGGAUGUAUACCCUUCCGGCGACUUUUCAAAUGGUAGGACUAUUAUUCGGAUCUUUUAUCGCUGGACUCAUGUCAGACAAAUUUGGUCGAAAGCCAACAACAAUAGGCAUGGCGUUAUGUGCAAUCGUAGCCAUUAUCGGUGGAGCUUUCUCUGAUAAUUUCUACCUCUUUUUAGCAAUGCGUUGGCUUUCUCUCUUAGCGUCAAUAGGAGCAAACACAAGUUGCUGGAUCCUUUGUCUUGAGAUGAUGCAACCUGUGCAUAGGGCACACGUUACUCUUUAUAGCGCCAUAGUGCGUAUACUCAGAGCAUUAGUAACUCUGACGGCGUUCUUCGUGAGAGGUCAUAAAUGGCUCCAGAUUAUAUCAGCAUUGGUAACCAUCCCCGGUCUCGUUGGUGUGUUCUUCCUUUCAGAGUCGCCUAGAUGGUUAAUUGCAAGGGGACGAUAUCAAGAAGCCGAAAAUGUAAGCAGGAGAGUCGCUAAAAUAAAUAAAAUAAAUCUUCCUGAUGAUUUUACCCUGAUAGAUGACGUCACAACUAAAGAGCAACACGUGAGUGAUGGACCUGCGAAGAAAGUUCUUGUCAUCGACUUAUUGCGUACUCCAAACAUGAGGAAAAGAACAUUGGUGAUCUCGUUCCAAUGGUUUGCUGUUGUGUUUGGUUCUUACGCCAUGUCACUUAACGUCGGCACUUUGAUUCCCGGGAACAUUUACCUAAACAAUUUAAUAAUCAAUGGAGUUUCUAAUCUCCUUUCUCCAAUAAUACUGUUGAUUGCAUUAUUCAAAAUGGGUCGGAAGUCCAUAAUCAUUUCGUUAUUUAUUGUGAAUGGGGUUUUAGCUUUGUCAUGGAUUGGACUGUUGCUGACAAAGAUCGUGGCUUUGACUACAACAAUUGCAAUGUGCGGAACAUUACUAAUUAACACCGCUUUUAGAGUGAUAUAUCUAUACAGUGGCGAAAUAUUCCCUACCCCUGCAAGGAAUGUCGGUCUUGGUAGCGUUUCCAGCUUUGGUAGAAUAGGAGGUCUAAUAAGUCCAAACAUACCCUUACUCGGAAACAUUUGGUACGGUUUACCUUAUUUAACCCUGGGAAUUUUCCCUUUGAUUGCUGGUGCACUGGGAUUUCUACUCCCAGAAACUAAAGAUAAACAACUGCCAGAGACGUUCAUAGAGGCAGAGCUGUUUGGUACUGGAAGGGCGACUAACAGCAAAGAAAAGGCGAUGAGAGAUAGUGAGCCUGGGUCAGUGGACGAUAAUUGCACAAACCAUUAUGGAAUGGCUAAUUCGAUUGUGGAUGACAAGUAUGAUAAAAUUGAAAACGAUAGAAGAACCGACGAUGGAUUGGUGAACAUAGCGGAUAACAAAAGCAGGGACACAGGCUCAAAUAACACUGUUGACCUCACUAUUUUAUAAACUAACUAACUAAAAUAACUAAUAAACUAACUACUAAAAUAACUAAUAAUUAUUGUUAGUAUUACUUGUAUAAGUGUCGGGUGUGACACACAAAUAGUUAUUAGUGUAAUUCGAUGAACAUUUCUAAGCCCUCGGAAGUUUGAAUUUUUAUUUUCAACUUUAGAAAAUAAAUAGUUUUUGAGACUGAAAAAAGUUGACAUCUUUCAAUACGUCACGGAAAAUCAUUGCUAUAAAUGACUGGCAUGCCCGCGCUAUUAGCUGUAAAAUAGAUUUUCGGUGAUAAGUUAUAGAUAACUAAACAUUCUAAACAUCCUGAUAUGCCACUUGUUAGUUGAUUUCAUGUAGCAUCAAUUCACAUAUGUCUGGGUUGUGUUAGUUUGUGGACGAAGGAUUCUGAGCCUUUUUACCCCCUAGAGUAAUAUUUGAGGAGGGUAUUAGUUUAUCAUUUACUAGUACAGUGGU